ACCGUGGUGACACUCACCUUUGUCUCGUCUCUCCCUCGACCCGUAGGAGCUCACCUGACAAAGAAGGAAGUGGAAGUGGCGGGAAGAAAGGAAGCAAAAAGGCCAACGGGGCUCCCAAUGGCUUCUACGGGGAGAUCGACUGGGACAGAUAUGCCUCUCCAGACGUUGACGAGGAGGGCUUCAGCCUCCGACCAGGGGAGGAAGGAGAGGCAGCUUCCAGGGCCAAGCAGUUCUUCUCCUCCAGCGAGUCGGAGGACGAGGAGGAGAGCCGCAGGAAGUUCAAGAUCAAGAUCAAGCCGCUGGUCUCGGAGAGCGUCCACCGUGGAGCGCCGUCGGUGGACGAGCUGAAGGCGUCCGUGGGAGGCCUGGCCCUGUCCCCCGCCCUGGGUCAGAUGAAGAGGAACCUAUCUUGUGAGGAGAUCGCCCGGCCCAGACGAUCCACCCCCACACCCAGCCCUGCUCCGGACAACCCCAUUCACAGACUGCACCAGAACGUUCCGUCCUUCUUCGGGCUUCCUCCCGAGCCCAGCUACCCCACAUACGACGUGGUGCCGGGGGACGCGUGGGGGGAGCCGCCCCGACCGCAGCCUGAGACCUCCUACAGCGGGGGCUUCCCCAUGGGAGCCCCUCCCCCGCUGCCUCCAAAGAACCUCCCCUCCUCCAGUCGCUAUGGUUACCCCUCGGACCCCCCCGUCGACCCCCCGAAAGGGGGAGGGGUCUCCCGAAGCUCCGCCCCCAUCUACCUGAACAUCCAAUCGCCCGUCUCCUUCCAAGACUCCCCUGACGAGGUGUUCGGCGACCCCCCCCCGCUGGGCGACGACGCGGCAGCCUCCCGCUGGGUGACCUUCGGCAGCGAGAGACCGCCCCCCCCCGAGGAGCCUGCCCCGCCCCCCCCGGAGUCUCCUCCCCCCGACACGCCCUCCUCCAGCCCCUCCCCCCCCUGCCUCUCGCCCGGCCCGCCCCCCAGCGAGCCGCCCCCCUCCCCCCCCCCUUUCUCCGCGAGGUCGUCUCCCCCCUGCUCCCCCCCCGACUCCCCCCCCUCCGUCGUGCUGGGACCCCCCCCGGACCAGCCCGCGCCCCCUCUCCCGCCCGACUUCUCCCCCCCCACCCUCCCCCCGGGGGGGCUGGACGAGGAGGCCUUCGACGAGGAGGUGCGGGAGCUGGCGCGUUACGCCUCGCCGCCCCCCCCCUCCAGCCCCGCCCCCACCAGCCCCGCCCCCCCGCUGCCGGCCGAGCGAUGGUCACCGUGGCGACCGGGGGUCCCAUCCCCGCUGGUCCUGGGGGGGAGGAGGACCCCCGACGCGGCCUUCCUGAGGGACGAGCUGGCGGACGCGGUGGGGUCUCCCAGGGAGAUGACCCCCCCCAGGGAGGCGACCCCCCCCAGGGAGGCGACGGCGGGGUUCAGGGGCACCCCGCCGCCGCUGCCCCCCACCACCUACCGGUCCUUCAUGUCGUCCCCGGGACCGUACUCUGGCAGCGGCCUGUCGUCUCCAGCACGGCCAGCCACUCCUCACUCAGCAGGGAGUCCUGUACCCCCUCCUCCUCCCCCUCGCCCCUCCUCACGGCCAAAGCUGCCCCCCGGGAGGCCGAUGGCUGACCAGGUGCGGCCCUUCAGCCCCCCGGUGGCGCCCAGCCCCCCCCCCUUCGCCCCCCUGGCCCGGGCAGAGAGCUCCUCCUCCAUCUCCUCCGCCGCCUCCACCCCCACCCUGGGGAGGGAGCUGCUGCCCAACACAGGUACUGAGCGCUGCCAGCCUCUGGUGUGGUUCGACAAUGGCAGGUUUUAUUUAGCCUUUGAAGGCUCGUCCAGGGGGCCCAGCCCGCUCUCAGUGGGGCUCCAGGACACGCUGCCGGUGGCGGCUGCCUUCACAGAGACCGUCAACGCCUACUUCAAGGGCGCCGACCCCAGCAAGUGUGUGGUGAAGAUCACCGGGGAGAUGGUUCUGUCGUUCCCGGCGGGCAUCACCAGGCACUUUGCCAGCCAGUCCUCCCCGCCCAUCCUCUCCUUCAGCAUCAGUAACUACCAGCGGCUGGAGCAGGUCCUGCCCAACCCACAGCUCCUCUGCUGUGAUUCAACGACAGACACUGUGGAGAGCAAGGAGUUCUGGGUAAACAUGCAGAACUUGAUGAGUCACCUAAAGAGGGUUGCGGAGCAGAAGCCCCAAGCAACAUACUACAACGUGGACAUGAUCAAGUACCAGGUGUCCUCGGAGGGGAUCCAGUCCACCCCCCUGAACCUGGCUCUGAGCUGGCGCGGCGACCCCGGCAGCACGGACCUGAGGAUCGACUACAAGUACAACGGCCUCGCCAUGGCGGCGCCCGCCCCGCUGCACAGCAUCCACUUCCUGGUGCCGGUGGACGGCGGCGGCGCCAAGCUGCAGGCCAUGGUGCCCCCCGCCACCUGGAACCACGAGCAGCAGACCAUCCUGUGGAAGAUCCCCAGUCUGUCCCCCCGCUCGGAGAACGGAGGAGUAGGGGCUCUGCUGGGCCGGUUCCAGUUGACUGGAGGUCCCAGUAAACCCUCCCAGCUGGCGGUCCAGUUCACCAGCGAGGGGAGCACGCUGUCGGGCUGUGACAUCCAGCUGGUGGGAUCGGGCUACAGGCUGUCCCUGGUCAAGAAGAGGUUCGCCGCAGGUAAAUAUCUGGCGGAUAACUAGUGGACGCGGUCUGGAAUAAAGCCAGGAGAACAGAUAACAGGUGGGAGAGGCUGGCUGUUGUCAUCCCAUCUUCAGAGCACACGACUGCAGAUGCACCUGCCGAAUUGUGAACCUUUUCUUUUGCUUUUGUUCAGCCGCUGUGGAAUUACUUGAGUACAAUCAAACACGAUCGCACACACACAGACACAAACUGACACGCAAAUACAGAAACACUCACAGAUACACUCAAGAAAACAACAUAUAGAUAUGGUUUCAGGCGAGUACAAAUGGUCCUUAUAGCGGUACCAAUAACUGGUAUAUUAGUGUUCUUUUCAUUUGUUGGAGAUCAUUUCUGUCCCCAAAAUAUUGUUGAUGGAUUCAUACGGAGAUCCGGCCAUAAUUACCUUCAGCUUUAAGUUUAUUUAGCUGGUUGUCGGAUGACUUCAAUCAAUAGUAGCCUAAUCAUUUCAAAAACAUCCUCAACCAUGAGCCUUAUUUUUCUCCCGGCCAUUGUGGUUCUCAAGCUAGCAGGAUGGGUGAGACUGCCCCCCCCCCCCUGCUAGCGCUUAGAACCCUAGAUGGAACCAAGAUGGCCGAUAGGUGGAUAGGGCUGUUGACAUCGUGGCAGCUCGUGGCUACACAGAUACCUGCUAAUGAGGUGCAAUGAGAUCCAUGGCUAAUAGUUUAAACUGCCACUUCGGAUCUGAGUUAAUUCAUCUUCGGGACGUCAUCUUUCUCUUGCUACUUAAACAGGACAUUGAAUCGUUUAAUUUGUAUUUAUAUAUAGAACAAUAUCAUGAUCAGGGAUAGUCUUCAUCCAUCCUUUACGCCCUCUAGAGGAGUUUACUCACUAAGUUUGUUUCCAUUAUUAAUUGAUAUUGUAUACGUCUAUAUGAAUUAAAUUAGAUUAAAUACAAUUAAACCACUGGCUAAAACUAUGAGCAAAAAAGAUAUACAAUGACUGUAAUGGAAAGAAAAACUGAUAGAUCAACAUGAAAAUAAUCAUUGAGUGGCUGCUCUCAACAUGAAGCAGAUAAGCAGCAUAAUAAUAAUACCUUCCGUAAUAUUGACCCUCGGUAUGUGAAUCCCGACGUGCCUCUGGAAGGGCAACGCUUUGAAAGGAAGACCUUUUCCUCAGUUGUUGGGUUGUUUUAUUAUUUGUGAAUGGUGAUGAGUGACAGCUUAGAGAGAGGGAAGCCUCGGCAAUCAACAGAGCAGCCCUGUUCACGUCCCCCUGUCCUCCUUGUCUUGUUUUUCUUUCUGGUUUUUCCACCGUGUGGAGUAAAUAGUUGUUUUUAUCAUUUUCUAAUAGCAAUAUUUAAAUGUGUAAAAAAUGUACAUACGAUAAAAAAGCAGUAUGUUUAAAAAAAGUGAUCUCUUUGAACAUAUGGACGUGUCUUUGUGGUUGUCAGUUGAGUUUCAAUAUUAACCGUUCAUAAUGCAUCAAGUUUCCGUGACGACACAUGUUCCUGCACUUCACAUAGGCGUAUUAUUUUAGUGUGGAUUUCUUGUGAGAAAAAAAAAUUAACGUACAAACAAGGUAAACCGCAAAUGUGACUUCCAAAUGAAAGUAAUAGUCCAAAUGUCACUGCAUGAAAUCUGCAUCAGACUGUUUGUCCGUACCAUGGUUAACAUUUCCUCCCUGGUCCAGUUCCAAAAAGUUCUCAUCCAUUUCCAAAUGGUCCUGACUUCCCUUCCAAAGUAUUCUGAUGCCAUUUCCAAACGGUUCCGAUGCCAUUGCCGUAAUUUUCGAGUUCCACACUUAACUGCAGUCGAACCAGGAUUUGAAGGGGCCACACUUAACUGCAGUCGAACCAGGAUUUGAAGGGGGAACUGCCCAUGAUCUGUAGCCCUACCCUCUUUGCACCUUCACAAACCAACUCUUUGCGCCAUUAUUUUGGCAUGCACUCAUUAAUAUAGCAUCUCAUGGUAUGUCUGCAGGUUGUUAGCCCUACAUGCUCUCUCCGUGUCUUUUUAAUUUAAUUCAGUCUUUGAAGUCAUGAAACACAAACUGUCACACAUCCUUUGUUUUGAGGAAGUCAGAGAAUUGCCUGUUUCAGAAUAAAUGCAUUGGCUUGAGAAAAUAAAUGAGAGAAAUUUCAUUCCAGGAUGUUUAGAUGUAUGGAUUUGACUUCCAAUCUUUUUUUAAGCUCUACUAGUGUUUGCGAAAUAAUGGUUAAACGCAGUAGUUCAAAGAUUUCCUGUUAAUUAUUUAUUUUUUAUUUUACAUCUGCCAAUGUUUGACUUUAUUUUGGGAUUCUUUCUUGUAUGUAUUUUGAACUAAUGUACCCUGUGUUUAAUUCAGUGCAUAAUACACAGAAUAUGCAAACAUUUCAUGUAAAUUUCCCAUCCAAAGAUUUUGAGAGUAAAUAAAUAUAUGAAAAGUAAAUAUAUACCUGUUUCACUUGGUAAUAAAGAAGGAAAAUGUUGGUCAUACGGCUCUCUCAUUUGU